AUAAUUUUUCUUACAUCGCAAUCACAAAACAACAGUACGCCAUUUUCUGCUGAAGACUCAGGAACAUUUCGCUGUUUAUUCAAUUUUCUGCCAUUUAGAGAGGGAGGAAACAAGUCAGCAUGGCCUUCCCCCCCCGGCCCCCCUUGAUGCCUGGUGUGCCCCUCUCCACCAUGAUGGGGGCGCCCUUCACCCUCACCACAAAUAUAGUUCCUGCCGUGGGGAUUCCAAUAUCACAGCCCAUCUCACAGAUCCCAACGCCUGCAAGCAACCGGCCCCCAAUGCGCACCAACACAGACACCACCUCCUCCUCUGUGGCCAAACCCCCGCAGGGCCCCAACACAGCCACCAGCCACGGCAUGAAGCCCCCCAGUUACUCGAAGCGUCUUGAGUCGUCCGGCCCAGCGGUUACGGUCUUUGUGGGAAACAUAACAGAAAAAGCCCCAGAUGUGAUGGUGCGACACAUUCUGAACACUUGCGGCAAUGUGCACUCGUGGAAGAGGGUGCAGGGUGCGUCAGGAAAGCUGCAAGCAUUCGGUUUCUGUGAGUUUGGCAAUCCUGACGCUGCCCUCCGAGCCAUCCGCCUUCUGCACGACUAUGAGAUUGCCGAGAAGAAACUGGUGGUGAAAGCUGAUGCCAAGACUAAAGAGGUGUUGGAUGAUUACAAAGAGAAACGAAAGAAGGCGAAGCAGAACGGCGACUCCUCCCCACUACAGGAUGAGGUGGAGGAGGGGGAGGACUACCUGGACGAGGACAUGAGGCAGGAGGACGCCGCCGCACUGCGUAGGAUCAACGAAAUCCUCUCGGACCACAAGAAGGACAUCAUGAAUUACGUACCACCGCCCAACAAGAACGAUAUGAGGGAGAAAAGGAUGUCCAAGGUGCAGGAGAAGCUUGUGGCACUCUCCAGUGGUGCCGAUAUUGCCAACAUUCCCACUACUACGAACCUGGAUGACAUGGAGGAUGUGGAGGAGGGCAAGAAGGAGCUAAUCACCAGAGAGAUCACCCAAUUCCGGGAACAAAUGAAGAAACAGGAGGAAGAGAAGGAGAGAGAGAGGAGGCUGAGGGAGAAAGAUAGAGAGCGAGACAGAGAUCGGGAGCGUGAGCGAGAGAGAGAAAGGGACAGAGAGAGAGAAAGGGAGAGGGAGAGAGAACGUGAACGGGAGAGGGAGAGGGAGAGAGAACGAGAGCGAGAAAGGGAGAGAAGAGAGCGGGAGGAGAAACUGCGGCGACGGUCUCGGUCUGGGUCGCGAGGAGGCAGCCUGCGCCGGUCAAGGUCGCAGUCCACUGAUGGCAGACGCAUGAAGAAGGACAAGAGGUCUCCCACCCCAGUAAGGAAAAGUGAAAGGGACGUGCUGAGGGAGAAGGAAGAGGAGGCGGAGGAUAAGGAACGUAAAGAGCAGGAGAGGAAAGUGCGCAAGAAGGAAUUACAGUAUCAGGAGCGACUUAAGAACUGGGAGACUCGGGAGCAUAAGAAGCAGAAGGAGCUGGACAGGGAGAAGGAGAAGGACAAACUGAAGGAGAUGGAGAGAGAGAAGGAGGCCAGGAGACUGAAGGAAUUUUUAGAAGACUAUGACGAUGAGAGAGACGACCCAAAAUAUUACAAGGGACAUGUGUUCCAGCGACGACUAAUGGAAAGAGAGCAGGAGAAGGAGAUGGACACACGAGACAGGGUGAAAGAGAAGGAGGAACUGGAGGAAUUGAGGAACAAGAUACUGGCAGAGGGACACGAUAAUCCAGAUGCUGCGUUCCAGAAGGCGUGCGCAGAAAGAGAGGAACAGUACAGACCUAAACUUCUCGUGAAACCAUCGGAACGCAAACCACCUCCCUCCACUCCAGCCUCCACCACGCCCCCCCCAGUGGUGUCCCUCACUCCUGAACAGCAGCCCCCGCCACAGCCCUUGCCCCAGCAGCCCCCACAGCCCGCCAGCACAGCAGACUCGGACUCAGAAUCAGACGGGCAUGUCUCCGAUGCUGUGCCAGAACCUGUGCAUGACAUGGAGGAGAAUUCGCAGUCUAGAGAUGGCUUUAUGUCCUCCGAGAACACAACACCUCAGCAGCCGAAGAGAAAGAAGCUUGACGUAAAAGAUGUGUUUAACCAGGAUGAUGAUGACAUGCCGGCCAAAAAGAAGAAGUUACCCCUGCCAGAGAGAACAUUGAGUGCCAGAGAAGAUCCAUUGCAGAAGUUGUUAAGAAAUUCUGCUGAACCAGGCAAGGACAAAGGUGGCAAGGAGAAGGGAGGAGGCGAGGAGAAGCGAAAACACAUUAAAAGCAUGAUCGACAAAAUACCAACAAGCAAAGAAGAACUGUUUGCAUACCCCAUUGACUCAUCCCUGGUUGACAAUGUAUUGAUGGAGAAGCGGAUCAGACCGUGGAUCAACAAGAAAAUAAUCGAGUACAUCGGAGAACCGGAACCUACUCUCGUUGAUUUCAUUUGCUCCAAAGUCCUGGUGGGAUCCGAGCCUCAGUCACUGCUUAACGAUGUGCAGAUGGUGCUGGAUGA